UGUGGACAUUGGAAGUGUCGGUUCGCUUUGCUUCCAUCGUCAGAGUUUACCCGCUUCAUUUUAACUUGCCACAUCAACAGGCACUCCUGUUUUAGACUCCUCUCCCAGGGCAGGCCUGGUAGGGGAAGGAGGACUCCGCCGCUAACAGGAGGAAGGAGGAGCCAGAAUGGACGACAUCUUUACUCAGUGCCGGGAGGGCAACGCUGUGGCCGUCCGCUUGUGGUUGGACAACACUGAAAAUGACCUCAACCAGGGAGAUGACCACGGUUUCAGCCCGCUCCACUGGGCGUGUCGUGAAGGGCGGUCCGGCGUGGUGGACAUGCUCAUCAUGAGGGGGGCGCGGAUCAAUGUCAUGAACCGCGGAGAUGACACACCCCUGCAUCUUGCCGCCAGCCACGGCCACCGGGAUAUCCUGGGCAAGCUGAUCCAGUGCAAAGCAGACACCAACGCUGCUAAUGAACACGGUAACACCCCUCUUCACUACGCCUGCUUCUGGGGCCACGACCUGGUUGCAGAGGACUUGGUUACUAACGGAGCCCAGGUUAGCAUCUGUAACAAAUAUGGUGAGACUCCCCUGGACAAGGCUAAACCACACUUGCGUGACAUUCUCAAAGAGAUGGCCGAGAAGCAAGGACAGAGCUUGACCAAAGUCCCCUUCAAAGACACCUUUUGGAAAGGGACCACCCGAACACGACCACGUAAUGGAACGCUAAACAAACACGCUGGUAUAGACUACAAACAGCUCUCAUUUGUGGCCAAGAUCAACGAAAAUCACUCUGGAGAGUUGUGGCAAGGUCGUUGGCAGGGCACUGAGGUCGUAAUCAAGAUGCUUCACAUUCGGGACUGGACGACCCGAAAGAGCCGUGACUUUAAUGAGGAGUACCCUAAACUAAGGAUCUUCUCCCAUCCCAAUGUGUUGCCCAUGCUGGGGGCAUGUCAGUCACCCCCUGCCCCUCACCCAGUCAUCAUCACGCACUGGAUGCCCUAUGGCUCGCUCUACAACGUCCUUCAUGAGGGCACCAACUUUGUGGUUGACCAGACGCAGGCUGUGAAGUUUGCUCUGGACAUUGCUUGUGGCAUGGCCUUCUUGCACACACUGGAACCCAUGAUCCCGCGCCACUAUCUCAACAGCAAGAGUGUCAUGAUUGAUGAGGAUAUGACAGCCAGGAUAAGUAUGGCAGAUGUCAAGUUCUCCUUCCAGUGCCCUGGCAGAAUGUACUCCCCCGCAUGGGUGGCUCCUGAAGCCCUGCAGAAGAAGCCAGAGGAGAUAAACCGGCGUUCAGCAGACAUGUGGAGCUUCGCCGUGUUACUUUGGGAGCUGGUUACCAGGGAGGUACCAUUUGCUGACCUCUCCAACAUGGAGAUAGGCAUGAAGGUGGCUCUGGAGGGUCUGCGGCCCACCAUCCCCCCCGGAAUCUCCCCACACAUCUGCAAACUGAUGAAGAUCUGCAUGAACGAGGAUCCGGCCAAGAGGCCCAAAUUCGACAUGAUCGUGCCUAUUCUGGAGAAGAUGCAAGACAAAUAAACGACGGCGCCCGAGCUCUCUCUCUCUCGACCCCCCCUCCCCCUUUUUUUAAACGCGUCACGCCCAAACACUGAGCUCACCAGUAUUGCCUUAAAAAAAAACACCCCACUCUCACCAAAGUGCUCUGUGUCACUGUAUUAUUCCUUGGCUGCAAAAAAAAAAAAAGAAAGGAAAAACAAAAAAAGAAGCGAACAGACAUCUACUUUUCAUGAUAUAUGAACCUUUUUAAUGCCGUGUUCUCCAUCUCUCCUGUGUGCAAUGAUAUGCAAGCAGAGGAUCCGGUGUGUGUAUAUGUGUGUGUGUAUUCGUAUGUACUUGCAUGAGUGUGUGUGUGUGUGUGUGUGUGAGUGCAUAGUCCACAUCUUUGGAGCAUGGUGUUCUGAUUUCAAGAUAUCUCUAUACAGCUAUUAAACAGAAAAUGUCAGUGAUCACGACAAUGUGACAGUGAAUGUACUGUAGCAUCCAUCAUUUUCAGCCAACCACUAGUCCUCUGUUUCAUUACAAUGGACUGUCAUCCUCACCCUCCAUUCAAGGGGCCAUACAUGACUUGGAUUGCUUUGUGCUUUUGUAGUAUUUAGCUCCAAUUUUGUGCUAUGAAAUAAAUUUUAAGGCCUUGUUUACUUGUUCUAAUCAAAAGCUGCAAAGGGACUUUUUUUUACUGAAGGAGAAAGAAAAGUUCUAGCCAUUCACCGUGUUUUAAGCACGCAGGAAAAAGAAAGUGUUUUAUUAACAUUAACAGAUAUUGUUUUAAUGCAGUAUAAGUUUGUUUCCCUCCUUUUCCUCCCCUGGCUCGUGCAACACCAUUUCAGAGUUUUUGAACUGCGGUUUUGAUAAGUACAGAUUGGUCAAACUAUUGGCUGAGGUUUUUUCUUUAGCAGAUUCUGUUACUUGUAUUAAUCUUAUUCGUGGCUCAUGGCAUGCGACCAAUAAACAGACGGUCAAAUUUUCAUCAACAUUAUGUUAGUAUAAUUGGUUUCAGAGUAAAUGUCGUUUAUGUUGGAAUUGACGGUGGUCUGUUAUAUGGAAGUGCCUAACCUCAGGGCAAAGAGACGUGGUCAUGCACCCAGUGUGGUCCGCAAAUAAAGUGUAUGCUCUAGCUGGAAACCAGACUUGCAUGAUGACUAAUGUUAUUCUCUGCAAUGACCUACUGCGUCAGCUCCUGUGCAUCGAUUGCCAUCUAUUCUGUAUUGUAAAUUUUACGAUGUCUUAAAGAUGUUUUGAUUCUGUAUAUACAGGUUUAAACACGGGAGGAUACAACAGAGAACUCAUCGCGCGCUCCAUCAUUCUCUGCAAACACUACAACCAGUAGCAUCACUUCUCUUGCUCGGCGUAUUUCCUCUGUUUCUUUAUUUCUCGCUGGUAUAUGAUGAAAUACUAAUAUUAAUAAUAAAAAAAUACAUGCUUUACACAAAUGUUGGUUAUUUAAAUAGACAUAUAUUGUUUUAUAUUUGCCCUGGGCACAGUACAAUUUUUACUUUGCUGUAGACAUGUCCCACAAAAGCAUACAGCCUUGACCUUGAAAAUUAUGUUAUCGGCGAAAAACCAUGCACAUUUGUAUUUUAUUCCUCAAAACUGACUCGCGUGUGGCAUUUGUGUUUAUCUGCCAGAAAUUUUGAAUGUUUAUUCAAAUUAUAUUAUGUGUAC